AUGGCAAUUAGCGCUGAAACAGCCUCUAUGUCCUCCUCUUCAGCUAUCUCACCAUGGAAGUAUCAUGUUUUCUUGAGUUUCAGGGGAGCAGAUACUCGCACAGGCUUCACAGACCACUUACACGCUGCUCUUAAACAAAGAAGUAUCGAAACUUUUAUCGAUGACGAUGAGCUUGAGAGAGGAGAGAUUAUUUCUGACCAACUACUUCAAGCAAUUGAUAAAUCUCUCAUCUCCCUUAUGAUUCUUUCUGAAAAAUAUGCUUCCUCACGUUGGUGUUUGGAUGAACUCCAAAGAAUUCUUGAAUCUAAAAAGUGUUUGGGGAGAGAAGUUAUCCCAGUAUUCUAUAAAAUAGAUCCAUCUCAUGUAAGAUAUCAAGGAGGAGCCUUUGCACAUGCAUUUCAAAAACAUGUUGAGAGAUAUGAUCCUAAGAAGGUGCAAGGAUGGAGAGAUGCCUUAAAAGAAAUUGAAGAUAUAUCUGGCUAUCACUCUUUAAAUAGGCAUGAAUCAAAGCUCAUCGAGGAAAUUGUCAUACAGUUUUGGACAAAAUUACAACCUAGACAACCAUAUGACAAAAAUGAAUUUGUGGGUAUUAAGUCAACGACAGACAAACUGAGUUCAAUUUUCAGGAUAGGGUUGGAUGAUGUACGCUUGCUUGGAAUAUGGGGAAUGGGCGGUCUAGGCAAAACAUCUCUUGCAAGAGCUAUUUAUCAAAGGAUUCAAAGCCAAUUUGAUGCCUCAUACUUCUAUGCCAAUGUUAGGGAAAUUUCUAAAAAGAAGGGAUUGGUUCACUUGCAGAGAAAAUUUCUUUCAUGUUCUCUACAGCUGAGAAACAAGGAAUUUGAUCAUAUUGAUGAUGAAUAUGAAGGAAAGAACAUGAUAAAAACAUUUUUAUGCAACCAGAAAGUUUUAAUGGUAUUGGAUGAUGUUAGUGAAAUGAGCCAACUCGAAUUCCUUGCAGCAAAGAAAGAUUGGCUAGGUCCAGGAAGUAGAGUAAUAGUGACAACCAGGGAUAAGAAACUAUUGACAGUGCAUGGAGAAUUUGAAACAUAUGUAGCAGACUUUUUGAAUGAUGAGGAAUCACUUCAACUUCUUUGUCAAUCGGCUUUUAAAAGUGAUCAACCACCAGUUGAUUAUUUGGAGUUGUCUAAAAGUGUAGUUGAACAAGCCGCAGUCCUUCCUUUGACACUUAAAAUGCUGGGUUGUCAUCUUUGUGGAAGAAAUAUGCUUGAGUGGAAAGAUGUUUUGGGGAAAAUGAAGAAAGUUCUACCAAAUGACAUUAUGAAAGGACUUCAAAUAAGUUAUGUGGAUAUUCAUCCAAAUGAACUUGUUGAACUCAAAAUGCAAUGCAGUAAUACUGUACAACUUUGGAAUGAUACACUUAUGUUUGAAAAGCUGAAGUUUAUGGAUUUAAGUCAUUCUGAAGAUCUGAUUUAUACUCCUAAUUUUUCAAUGCUUCCAAAUCUUGAGCGAUUGAUUCUUGAAGGCUUUGUAAAACUUGUUAAGGUUCAUCCAUCCCUGGGACAACAUAAGAAAAUUAAUAUUGUGAGUUUGAAAGAUUGCAAAAAUCUUAAAGCUCUACCUAGUAGAUUGGAAAUGGAUUCUUUGAGAAAAUUGAUUCUCUCUGGCUGCUCAAAAUUUAGAAAGCUUCCUGAGUUUGGGGAAAACAUGGAGUACUUAUCAAUAAUUGAGUUGAAAGAUUGCAAAAAUCUUGCAUGCCUUCCAGAUUCUAUUAGUAACUUAAAGUCUCUUAGAAGUCUCAAUAUAGAUGGCUGUGCAAAAUUUCAAUCAUUGCCAAAUAAUUUGGAUGAAGACGAAGGUAUAGAAGAGUUGGAUGUGAGUGGAACCGCUAUAACAUCAAUACCUUCAUGCAUUGUUGGUUUGAAACAAUUAAGUAAACUAUAUGUAGAUGGAUGCAAUGGUUCUUCAUCAAACUCAUUAUGA